ACGAGGAUUUAGGUGGUAUUUAAGGCAACUUCAAACUAUCCUCCCCUCCCGCGUGCCUGAACAGUGUGUGACGCCUUUUUGCCCCUUCCUUCAAACCAUUGGCUGAUGCAUAAAAUAAGAGCCAGGUCAUUCACACUUGUGAUUGGCCGAUGCAAGGAAUGAUUGACACUGUCUCCGCCCAUUCGUCACGCCCACUGGUUCUCCGGGCUGAAGACGCGUAUACUCGGGCGAAAGCAGCCCAACGGGGAGUUAACCGAGCAAUCUGGCAACCCUGUGCGCUCAAGCCCCUUCUACGGUGCGAGUGAUGAAAGUUGUGUUAUAUCACUGCAGACCGGAGAGCGAGCCGCUCUCAAGAGGACCGUAGAGAGACUCUCCGUGGUGACAUGUUGGGGUCAGUGGUGGUAGGUGUGGGCAUCGCCGGGUCUGUGAGGAUACGAGACCUGCUCGCUCCUCUGUCCUCCAGCGCUGCAGAAAAGUUGACCGUGAAGGGAUUUGUGUCCAGGAGGACGCUACCGGAGCAGCACGGAGUCCAACAGAUCUCCAUCGAGGAGGCACUGAGCAGGAAUGACAUUCAGGUGGCCUUCGUGUGCACAGAAAACUCCAGCCAUGAAGAGCACAUCAGGCAGUUUCUGAAUGCGGGGAAGCAUGUGUGUGUGGAGUACCCGAUGGCCCUCAGCUACAGCUCUGCAGCUGAUCUGUGGGAUCUGGCCCAGCAGAAAGGCUUAGUUCUGCACGAGGAACAUAUUGAGCUCUUCACUCCUGACUACAAGCAGCUGAAGAAGGACAUAGCUGGGAAAAAGCUGGAAGAGGGAAGCCUGCAUUUCACAGGCGGCUCCCUGAAGCCUGACUUUGGGUUCCCCUCCUUUAGCGGCAUCGCUCGUCUAACCUGGCUGGUCGACCUUUUCGGCGAACUCACUGUUAAGGAGGCAACGCUGGUGGAGGACGAGGAGAGAAAGUAUAUGAAGUUGACUGCCCACUUCUUAACUAAGGAUCAGAAACCUCUCACCUGGGUCGAAGAGCGGGGUGUAGGCAUGGGCCGAGCCAAACACAUCCACCUGCGCUUCGACUCCUGCACCCUGACAGAGCUGCCGGCCGGUCAGAGGGAGCCCGUUGGCCUCUUCAUGCAGGACCUGGUGCUGUUCGGCCGCAAGCUGCAGGGCGAGGUGCCCACCGAGGAGUUGCAGGCAGAGCAGAGCCGAAUCCUCCACUGCCUGCAGCUCGCAGAGAACAUCCAGCAGUUCUGCCAAAGCACAGCAGCCUAAAACAUUCACUCCACAACACGCCGUCUCCAGCUGUUCAGAAUUAGCUGCACCAGCCAAGGAGAUUCUAUACACAUACUUCUUUGUCAGGUUUGCGGUGGCAUUUUUAGUUCCUUUGGGAUUUUAUUUUAGAUCAUCUGACACAACUUUCCCCUCAGCCCAAACGUAGUUUAUCAGCUGAGGCAUUAGGUGUCAGAAGAAACUGGUACUUGUGAAACUAGACAGAAGUAGAGACGAAAUUCAGGCUUCAAGCUAAUGCUGUUUUAUUUACGCGAGGCACUUUUGUUGUACGCCAUACUGUGCAGAAACCACAGAAGCAAGUCUAUUUGAGAUUACUAAGCAACCUGACAGGGUUUGUGGUGAGUGUGUAAUGAUUUAGGCAUGUGGUUAGCACAAGGCUAAUUGGUGGUGUACAUUAUGGGUGGGUAAUAUAAAAUAUAUUUAUUGUUAACGUGAUAAAUUAUGACGCAAUAUGCAUGG